AUGGUGAACGUACCGAAAACAAGACGUACGUUCUGCGAUGGCAAAUGCCGGAAACAUACAAUGCAUAAGGUGACACAGUACAAGAAGGGAAAGGAAUCAACCUACGCGCAAGGCCGGAGACGGUACGACGCGAAACAGAAGGGUUUCGGUGGCCAAACGAAGCCCAUCUUCAGAAAGAAGGCAAAAACAACCAAGAAAAUUGUCUUAAGAAUGGAAUGCACCGAGUGCAAACAUCGUAAGCAGUUACCGAUCAAACGAUGUAAGCAUUUCGAAUUGGGUGGACAAAAGAAGGCUCGUGGACAGAGGGAAAUGAUACUUCAUAUGUGA